CUCAGGGUGUGGAGGUGUUUCAGAGAAAACAGAAGAAAAACAUGCCCUCAAACGGACAAGCUUGUCCUCUCUCUCUCACUAACUCACGCACUAUAUACUCUAAAAAACGGAAGCAAAACCCACAAAGCUCUCAGCUUGCCAAGGAAAAAUGGGCUCUGUUAACCUUCAAUCUCAAACCCUCCUCCUCCAGGUCCGUUGCUCUAACGAAGACCUCAAGGGCCAAAGAGUGGCUGUUAUAGGCCUCGGAACAUCUGGGAGAGCUGCAGCAAAACUUGCCCUCGCUAGAGGCGCUUCUGUUCUUGCUGUUGAUAAGAAUGAAAAGUUGGUGCCGCUUGAACUGGACCCUCAAUUUACAGAACAUGCUGAUAUUCAAACAAUUCUUGGUUAUUGUGAUAAUUCACACCUCGCCAAUGCAGAUAGCGUGGUUGUUUCACCUGGAGUUUCUCUCCAGGAUUAUAACCUUUCUACUUUGCUCCAAUCCUUGCAUGAGCUUGUUGAAGUGCAGGGUAGACAAGUGAUGUCUGAGUUAGACUUUGCAGCAGAAGUAUUGCCAAAAGAAAUAAAAGUUUUGGCAGUGACAGGAACAAAUGGAAAAUCCACUGUGACUUCUUUUGCUGGCCAGAUGCUCCACCAUUUAGAUAUCAAAGCAUUUGUGGGAGGAAACCUUGGAAAGCCUCUCUCGGAAGCUGCCCUAUCAUGCCUAAAGGCAUGUUCAAUGCAAGAUGCAUAUCAGGUAGCAGUUGUGGAGGUUAGCAGCUAUAUGAUGGAGAUCCCUAACAGCUACUUCUGUCCUUCUGUUGCGGUGGUUCUGAACCUCACUCCUGAUCAUCUAGAGAGGCACAAGACUAUGCAGAAUUAUGCUGCUAUGAAAUGCCGUCUUUUUGCUCAUAUGAAGGAUCCCAAGCUGGCGGUCCUUCCUGUUGGAAACCCAUAUCUGAAUGAAUCUUUUAGCAAUCAUGCAAAUGGGUGCAAUGUUGCUUGGAUUGAUGAUUUUCCAGGCAUCAAGGUAAAUGUGGAGACAAAAGUAGCAACUUUAAGCACUCCGACAGGGUCAACGACUCAUCUGUUACUGGGAGAUCUUAAAGCAAUGGGAACCCACAACUACAGUAAUGCAGCAGUGGCAGCAUUUUCAGUUCUUGGAUUGAAUUUGGGAAUAGAUAGUGAUACAAUUAACUCUACAGUGGGAAAACUUCAUCUCCUGCCUCAUCGGAUGCAAGUUGUUUGCACCGAUGCUCAUGGUGUGACAUGGGUAGAUGACAGCAAGGCAACCAAUGUUGAAUCAACAUAUGCAGGAUUGAUGGGUCUCAACGAACACAAGUCUGUUGUUCUUCUUGGUGGACUUGCCAAGGUAUUAAAUGAUCAAGAAACUAAUGGUUUUGAACAGCUAGUGGGACUUCUUAACCGCCAUAGAGGUGUCAUCACUUUUGGGUCUUCAGGAGCAAUGAUUCACAAGACACUGUGUGACAGUGGUCUUCGCAUUCCAUGCGUCAAUACUAAAAAUCUUGAAGACGCUGUGAAUUGUGCAAGGACCAUGGCAAUGAGAGGCGAUAUGAUUCUGCUAAGCCCAGGAUGUGCAAGUUUUGAUGAAUUUAGAAACUUCGAGCAUCGAGGAAAAGUCUUUCAACAUUUAGCUGUGUCAGCAUAAGAAUGGAGACCUAAUACCCUAGCUUGCGGCUUUAUCAGAUGUAGAAACAUAAGAUUUUUCUGCAAAAAAUUGUGUCAUUGAUACUGUUAAGCUCUGUUUGUAAAUCAAUACACUUGCUGUAGCCAGUUUUGAAUAUUAAUAAGAACAGCGAUGCCUCGUUGUUAGUAAUAACAGAAAUCUCAGUCAAAUUUGAUA